AUGCAUAUCAAAGAUAUGCUCUCGGAGGCCGAGAGGUCGGGCAACCCCUCUUUCUCCUUCGAAUUCUUCCCGCCAAAGACGGCUCAAGGUGUACAAAAUCUUUACGAUCGAAUGGAUCGCAUGCAUGGAUUGGGACCUAGCUUCAUUGAUAUCACUUGGGGUGCAGGUGGUCGUCUCGCUCAAUUGACCUGUGAGAUGGUGGGGGUGGCUCAAUCGCAAUAUGGAUUAGAGACUUGCAUGCAUUUGACUUGUACCGAUAUGGGUAAAGAAAUGGUCGAUGAAGCUCUUAAAAAUGCCUACAAAGCCGGAUGCACAAACAUUCUUGCUCUUCGAGGAGAUCCCCCGCGAGAAAAGGAAAAAUGGGAGGCAACCGAAGGAGGAUUUCAAUAUGCGAAAGAUCUUGUUCACUACAUUCGUCAGACGUACGGUAAUCAUUUCGAUAUAGGAGUUGCUGGAUAUCCAGAGGGUUGCGAUGAUCAAGACGAUGAAGAUCUGCUGUUAGACCAUUUGAAAGAAAAGGUUGAUGCGGGUGCUACUUUCAUUAUUACACAAAUGUUCUACGAUGUCGACAACUUCGUCGAUUGGUUGGGAAAAGUCAAAGCAAGAGGUGUCAGCAUCCCUGUCAUACCAGGAAUAAUGCCCAUCAAUACAUACGCAAGCUUUGUUCGAAGAUGCAACCACAUGGGGUGUAAGAUACCACCCAAGUGGAGUGCAGCUCUCCAAGAGGUCAAGAAUGAUGAUGCUGCUGUGCGAAAUAUUGGGAAAGAUCUGGUCGCCGAGAUGUGUCGUCAAAUUAUUGACGCUGGAGUACAUCAUCUACAUUUUUACACCAUGAAUCUGGCCCAGGCAACUCGCAUGGUACUCGACGAACUUAGUUUGACCCCAUCAACGCAACGUCCUUUGAAGCACGCACUUCCAUGGAGACAAUCUCUUGGCCUUGGUCGUAGGGAGGAAGAUGUUCGCCCAAUUUUCUGGAAGAACCGAAACAAGUCCUACGUGGCUAGAACCCAGGACUGGGAUGAAUUUCCCAACGGUAGAUGGGGAGAUUCGAGAUCUCCUGCUUUUGGUGAGUUAGAUGCUUAUGGAAUUGGGCUGAAGGGCACCAAUGAACAGAACAUCAAACUAUGGGGUCAGCCCAAGUCUAUCAAGGAUAUCGCGGAACUCUUCGUCAGUUAUCUUGAGAGCGGCAUAGGGAGUCUUCCAUGGAGUGAAGCUCCAAUAUCGAGCGAAGCAGAUAUAAUCAAGUCUGAUUUGAUUGAGCUCAACCGACGCGGAUUUCUUACCAUUAACUCUCAGCCUGCUGUUGACGGUGUUAAGUCAUCUGAUCCUGUGUAUGGAUGGGGACCCACCAAUGGUUACGUCUACCAAAAAGCUUAUUUGGAGCUCUUGGUCGCUCCAGAUAUGAUGCCAGAGUUAGUGCGUCGCAUUCAACACGAUCCUGACCUGACAUACUAUGCUGUCAAGAAAACUGGAGACGUGCAGACGAACGCACAGAGUGAUGGACCAAACGCUGUCACCUGGGGAGUGUUCCCGGGUAAGGAGAUCGUGCAGCCUACUAUUGUCGAGACCAUAAGUUUCUUGGCCUGGAAAGAUGAGGCAUUCCGUCUGGGAACAGAUUGGGCUCAUUGCCAUUCUGCACUUAGUCCAAGUCGAGGGCUUAUUGACUCCAUCAUGGAUUCAUGGUAUCUUGUUAAUAUUGUUCAUAACGACUUCCACAAGUCACAUGGGCUAUUCCCACUUUUUGAUGGGCUCUCUGUAAAGAAUCUCAACGAACCUUUCGAAACCUCCGAGAGUGGUGAUGUCCAUGGUGUGCGAUUCGUCGAUCCCCAGACUCUUCCACUCACAAACGGAGAGGCCAAUGGUCAUUAA